UUUGACGGCUGCAAAGUGUAUUUCACAAGACACAGAUACUGAGCCUUCGCCUCAGGCGUUGUAUUCUUUGAAGCAUGAGUGCGGUGAGGAUGUUUCUGUGGGCCUGGAUGAUCCUGGACUCGGCCGAGUGUUCAGCCUCACUACCAGAAAUCACAGAUGGGAAGUUUAUUGAUGAAUGUGUGAGGGGACACAACGACGCGCGGUCGUCCGUCAGUCCACCUGCAAACGACAUGCUGUACAUGACAUGGGACGAGGGCUUGGCCAUUACUGCAAGAGCGUGGGCAAGUCACUGUGUAUUUGAACACAACACCUACCUCAAAGACGUCCGCCGAAUGCACCCUACCUUCACCUCUGUAGGAGAAAACUUAUGGGCAGCACACCCACCAUCAUCUUUUGAUGUGUUGAAGGCCAUAAAACGUUGGGUGGAUGAAAAACAUGACUACAACUACAACAGCAACAACUGCACAAACAUCUGUGGCCACUACACACAGGUUGUGUGGGGAAGCAGCUACAAGGUUGGUUGUGCCGCCCAGCUCUGCCCGAAUGGUGUGACAAGCUUCACUUCUAGAGAGGGUGUCAUUUUUGUCUGCAACUAUGCUACAGCGGGUAAUGUGAACCGAAGGCGGCCAUAUAAACAAGGAGGGGCAGGCUGCUCUGGAUGUGAAGGCACCUGUGAGAAGAAUCUCUGCCGUGGCCAAGAAAGAGAUCCACAGAAAAGUUACAACUGGACUCCAGACUGGGACCCUGCCCCCGGUACCAGUGGCUUCAAUUAUGUGACUAUUCUGGUUGCCCGACCCAUUGCCCUCAUUGUCACCUUCAUCGCAGCGUAUGCAGUCCGCCACUUUUAUCCCGAGGUCUUCUGCUAUGAAUAGACCACCUGAGGUGACCUGAAAGACGCGGACUUGUUCAGCCAGUGCCAAGUCCUAUCAGAGCUGUACAUAAACAGAGAAUAAGUGCAUGCGUUUUAUCCACCAGCUUCUUUGUAGUGAGCUAGCUAGCCCCAGAUUUAAGCCAUCCGACAGGACACAAGCAACCCAAUAAACCUCAAGUUCGGGAGGGAAAACUAAAGUGAACGUGCCCAAACUGUCCACUGUGCUCGCUCAUUUUACUGUAGUAGUGUGCAGCCACAGUUACGUUAGGUUUAAGCUGCACUAAUUAAUAUGUUCAUAUAAGCAACAAUGUCAAAUUACUGGCACAUUUCUACAUAGCAUUUAACAUUCCGUUCACUCUGGCUGCUCUCAUCAACCCUGGUUACAGACGGCAACUGCACACUAGCAGCACCGCAGACAGAUCGAGUUAGCAAAUAGCACAUUGUUGAGCAGCUAGAGAGCCAGAUAUGUCCAUCAGGAGUUGGUGGAGGAUGCAGAAAAAGUAUAAAUAAAUUGCCAAAAGAAGAGUGCAAGUUGGACAAACAAUAUGAGCAACUAAGCAGCUCUUAGCAAAUUUUUUUGUUUAUGAGGCAAUAAUGUCAGUGUUUACAGAAUGAUAAACUGAGACAAAAAGAAACGAUGAAUAAUUCAUUAGUAGGAAAAAAAAAAAAAAAGUACAGCUCUGCAAUGGACCCAAUUUCAAAUCCUGUGAUCUGACCACCCAUGAAUGUGGACUCUCCUACAAUCCUGUCCCCCAAAUAGUACUUCUACCAUAAGUUUGUUUGUCAUGAUCAAAAGGAAUCAAAUUAAAACUUAAAGUCCAGGAUGUUAAAAAUAUGCCUUUAAUUUUAUUCAAUUUCCAUCUGAUGGAGUCGGCCUCAUCCUGAACACACAUCAGCCAUGAGGAAGGACGACAACAUACUUUGAAAAUCUAUAACUACUGAUCAUUCAAACUCUGGACAAUAGUUAGAAAACAAAUGAGGCAGAAAAGAAGACAAUGUAUGACAUCACUCACUGGUGUACUACUGGUCUCCAGAUAUGAGGAUUUCCUGUUCAUAUUGCUUAGUAUAAUCCUCUAGCACACACUGUGUGUCCGAUGUCCCACCUACCUGUGUCCUGACAAGAGUCCUUAAUCUGUCCAACAGGACUGCCAAACCAAUACCAUAUCACAUGGUACACAACACAAUUACCAGGGUGCAAGUCUGUGGUUAGCCUUUGUUUUGCUCUUUUUCUUUUUGCCCACGGUGCUGCCGGUGGGGGGGGGCAGGGUUCACUGGAGGAGCCCCCAGCUUCUUGGUUUUGGCUUUUUUCACUUUCUCCUUAAUGGCUUCGAUGUCCAACUUGCUUUCUGUAGGAGCCGUGACAGAAACAAUGGGGGGGGGGGGGUUUAGCUGGACUAAUGCGGUGCACAGGUUCACACAUUUGUUCUCAGAUGGAGAUUUGCUCCCUUAUUUCUACCUUUGAUGGUCUUCUUCAUUAGAGGCUUCUCUUUAGGCGGAAUGAAAGCUUUGUUCCGCUCUUCCUGCUUCUUGGUCAGUGCUUCGGCUUGUUUCACCUGAAAAAGAGGAACAGUGAGUCACACCAUAGGCAGUUCUUUAAAAUACGAUGUCAUUUUUCCUAACAUGUUUUGGCAAACAUUUACAGAGACUCUGCACUCAUUUGAUCACGCCAACUAAUCAAGCUAAUUUUAAAAAAGGCUUCCGUUUUUCGUUUUCUCAACAGAAGGAAAAAAAGGCCUAAACCCCAGCUGGAUACCAUUAUUGUAAUAUCAGGCAUGUGAACCUGCAGCCCUGCAGGAAAUGAAUCCACUCAGUGCUCACCUUGAUCUCCUCCAUCUUCUUCCUCUUUUUCACACUUUCACGGAGGAAGAAUUCUCCCGUGGCCAGCUCCUUGUCGACCUAAAAGAUGAUCCACAAAAAUCAAAGUUAGAAUCAAUCCCAAUCUAAAUUAGUCUCAAUAACAUGGUUUAAACGAAGGACCCCGUUUUGUCGGCAGUUUAUAUUAAGGUCAAUCUUUUUUAUCAUCUUUAAAAUAACUAUUGUUAGCAUAGCUUUUUUUAUAAUAGAAAACAAUGUUGUAUGAGAGCAUGCGAUUCUCAUGCGGUUCUCUUUAGCUCUUGAAGCUAGUAAGCUAACAUUACUGUGUUCUCCAUGUACGAGACAGAGGCAGUUAUCACCAACUAUGAAUGUUAGAAUAAAGCUGUUUAAAUAAAGCAAGCUUCUGACCGUGCUCUCCGGCUGUGACGGAGGGAAUGGUGUGUACUCCUUCUUCGCGCUCUUCUUCUUGGGCUCCCUGCGCUUGGCCAGGUUCCUGUGGCGGAACUUGGGCAGGAAGCGCUCCCAGCUCUGCAUCCGCAGGUCGGGGUCUUUGAACAGCUCCUGUUUGAUCAUCAGUGUCUGAUGGAUCCGGCCGUCAGAAAAUUUGGUGGUGGUAGGAGUAAAAGUAACAAAAAUGUGAUACUCUGUCACGCCACAGGCCCUGCCUGCUCUCAAAAGUAGAUUUAUUAACACUGUAUGUAUAUAUUAAUAGUUAUUUAGCUAGUCUUGUAAGUUGAAGGCAGUUGUAGGCCUUUAUGGUGGAAGAACCACAGGAAAUGGGGACAAUGUUUAUUAAGUUUAUGAAAACUUCACUUAUUAAAAAAAAGAUUUAAAUGUUUUUCAGCUGCUCUUGCCAGGAAGACUGUUACAAACGUUUCAUGGAUGCAAUGAGUUAUUUGUACAUCUCUGACAAGUCAAGAUGGAGGAGCAUAGGUUUUGUUUCUGGCCUCUGAGUAAAAAGCAGCUCCCCACACGGGAGUGGUUAGAAGUGGGCCAGAAGUGGUUGGGCAACCUCGAGCUUGUUCUAUCAUCUGAUGAAGAUGAGCAGCGCCUCGGUUCAGAGCAGUCUGCCGUUUGUUCAGCAUCUGUCCCCAGGACUACUCUGACACGGCUGCUCCAGUGUUGUUACAAUUACAGAAGUUUAAAACAAUGAAACCUUGUGCCUCAUACGAAUGGGUCUACUAUGAGCACAAUGAGUGCUGCGGACCAUCUGUGGCUCUAUCAUGCCCUCAGCUCCAGGUUGAGCCAGCCUUGGCGUUCAAACCCCAGAGGGAUUAAUUUCAGUCAGGAGAUCAAGAACAAGGAUGGAAAAUAUCUUCAUUGGGCAUGAUUGCUUCCGUCCAAACAUUUCAAUCCAUCCAGUAAAGCUGCCGGGUUUCUGUCAGCGGCUUGAACGUACCUUAAUGUUGUAGAUGGGAUGAAUGUUCUUCAUCGUGUCCAUCACCACUUUGCGUACCUAAAAGACAGACAUGACAAACAUAAUGCUUCUACAUCCUCUGUGGGAUAUGUAAUUUCAAAUGACAUAUGAGAUCAUAUGCCUGAGAAAUGAAUUAUUGAAACACAACUCAGUAUUUCACCAUUCACUGUCAUGACUGAAUGUGGAUAUCAGUUUAGACAUUUAUAUUUCAAAAUUAUCUUUUUUUUUUUUCAUGACAGCAGCGAUAUUGACAGUCACCGCCCACUAAUUUACAGCUAAUCUCGUAACCCCAACCUCCCCCUCCCCCAGCAAGAUAACAACUACCAUCAAAUUUAGCGAGUUAGCUCCUGCUAGCUAGAACACCAACAGUAAAUAUUCAUGCUCUUGCUAUCGGGAGCUAACUCGCCAAGUCCGAUAGCAGAUGUUUAGCUUGCUUGCUCGCUCAAGAGACAGGGGAGGGGGCAUGUGAUUGGCUGAAAGGACAGUGAUGACACCACUGUAAUAAAAUGUGAAAUAAUGUGAAAAAAAGAUGGAAAA